ACAGACCAAACAUCAGCAGUGAAGGUUAAAAUCAUCUUCUGGUAUGUUUUGCCCAUAUCUAUUACUGUGUUUCUUUUUUCUGUGAUGGGCUACUCCAUGUACAGAUAUAUCCAUGUUGGCAAAGAGAAACACCCAGCAAAUUUGAUUUGGAUUUAUGGAAAUGAAUUUGACAAAAGAUUCUUUGUCCCUGCUGAAAAAAUUGUGCUUAAUUUUAUCACCCUCAAUAUUGUGGAGGAUUCUAACACUUCUCAUAAGGAUGUAAGUGUAAGGGGAAAAAGCAACGAUGUAUGGGACCCGAAUGAGCCCCUUGAGGACCAGGAGCCACAUCAGGAGGAAAUGGAGGUGAAGAACUCAGGGUAUGCUUUACAUUGGAUGGAUAUUUUCUGUGACUCUGAGGAAAGCUCCAAGGGUAUGUCCCUAACCCAGCAAGGGUCACUGGGUGGAACAAUGGCCACAGAUAAAGCUGCCGUUGGAUACGAAGAGUCUGUAAGAACUGUUGACAUCUAUGUGGGGCCUGGAGAUCAAGAGCUCAGACUGCAGGAAGAGGCAUCCCUCCAAGGACAAUUCUUGGAGCAACAGGCAGCUUUGGCAGACCUGGGCUCCCCAACACCACUGUAUUCCUAUGCCCCUCAGCUGCAAGACUUGGGCCAGCUGUUGCCAAAGCACGUGGAUGCGGAAGAGGAGCCAGGUGAAGAGGCAUCCACCACACUGGUGGACUGGGACCCUCAGACUGGCAGGCUGUGCAUACCGUCCUUCUCUGCCUCUGAACAUGACUCUGAGGGAUGUGAGCUGCCUAAGUACAAGGAGCUCACAGAAGAAAGCCUCUUGUGUAGACUCUAUGAGGAUCAGGCUCCAGAAGAGUCAUCAAAAGAAAACAAAGCCUAUCUCCUGAAAUUUAUGGAGGACUGGGGAUUACACGUGCAAAUGGAGGACUAACACCUGAACUUCCCUUUGCCACACCCCUGCUGUUAGGAGGCACAUGAGUGCAAACAUAAUAGUGACCAAAC